CACAAAAUGUCUUCUCGUCUUAUUACUGCUGACAGAAUCGCAGCUGGCUCCUCUCGCAUUAUCAAUGCAGACAGCCCUAACGAACCGAAAAAACAACGCCAAACGCUUACUAAGCGCCAAAAGCUUGCAAUUGUGUACAAGCAUAAGCAGAGCGGCUGGACCCAAGGCAGACUUGCAGAAUGGGCAAAGGAAAAGUAUGCACUGAGUACUUGUCACAAGCAAAGCACCAUAUCGGACAUUCUCAAGAAUGCCGAUAAAUUUAUGGCAAUGACUGAUGACGAACUCGAUGGCAAGAGAAGCAGACCUUGUGCGCAACCGGAUUUAGAAAGGGCGCUUUCACGUUACGUCGACGAAAUGGAAAGCCUAUCAUAGGCCAACCACUCAACCGAGAAGCCAUCAGAAUUCAAGCUGAGGCAAUUGCCAAGGUCAUGAAAAUCACUGAUUUGAAGUUCUCUGAUGGCUGGAUUACGAACUUUGAGAGACGCUUUGGAUACAAAUCGAGAUUCAUGCAUGGUGAAGCAGGAUCUGCUACGACUGCUAUUGCUACCGAAACAGCACAAGAACGCGUUGCCCAGAUCAAAGAGAAGAUCAAAGAGUACGGGCUCUCGAACGUAUAUAACUUCGAUGAAGCUAGCCUUUUCUAUGCCCAGGUCCCUCGCAGAACGAUUUCGAAAGCACCUCUUUCUGGUCUAAAAGAUGACAAGACCCGGAUUAGAUUGGUUUGGCCUGCAAUGCUGAUGGAUCGCAUAAGCAUUAGCUGUUUUUUAUUGGCCAUGCUGAAAAACCGAAGUGUUUCGACAAGAAGUCAGG